AUGCCUGAGAAGAGAAGCCUGUUGGUGCCGCCGGAGCCUCAGAGCAGCGGGGCCGGGCCGGAGCGCGUGAGAGGCGGCUGUGAGAGCGCGCGGGCCUCGCCUCCUGCGCACGCCGUGGUGGAGCUGCGGCUGGAGGCUGGAUCUCUGCACUACCUCUGCUCCCCGGACGAGAGCGCGCUGGAGCGGGCGCAGAGGCGGAGGAGACUCGCCGCCAACGCCCGGGAGAGACGCAGGAUGCUCGGCCUGAACGUGGCCUUCGACCGGCUCCGGAGCGUCAUCCCGAACCUGGAGAGCGACAAGAAGCUCUCCAAGUCCGAGACGCUGCAGAUGGCGCAGAUCUACAUCUCCACCCUGAGCGAGCUGCUCCAGGAGGCUCCCGCGGGGCUCAGAGCGCACACGCCGCCGCCGCCGCCGCCGGGGCACUGCAGGCCCACCCCGGAACCCCGACAGCCCGCCCCGGAGCUCCGACAGCCCGCCCCGGAGCUCCGACCGCCCGCCCCGGAGCUCCGACAGCCCGCCGCCGCGCUCCUGGAGGAAAGACCUGGAGAAAACACGUGGGGAAGAAGCAGCGGAAGCAAAUGA